GUGAGUCAGCCGGCGAAGCAAGCAGCCAGAGGGGGACAGUGUGUGAGUGUGAGGGUGUGAGGUGCAGAGCCUGUGCUUGAGUUUGUGUGAGUGUGUGUACGUGUGCGUGUGUGUGCAUGUGUGUGUGUGUGUAAGAGAGAGGGGCAGUGUGGGAAAAGCCAGGCAGCCGGUGCAGUGUUUUAAAGUGGACGGUGCAUCUUGUUUGGACUACACCACCAGCAGGGACUCACCCUUUGGACUAUCCUGACGCUUCCUCCUCCCGUUCCCUUUGGAGGGAACACCUGUGUGUGUGUGUGUGUGUGUGUGUGUGUGUGUGUGUGUGUGUGUGAACGUGUGUGUGUGUGUGUGUGUGUGUGUGUAAGAGAGUCAAGACAACAGACUUCGCCCUGGAGAGGGUUUGGCUGGUGGAAAGAGGGGGGCUGCUGACCAUGGAUAAACGGGGGUGGUGAGGAGGAGGAGCGUGUCUGUCCGGUCAUCAUGUGCACACGAGCGUGUCCUGACCCCGUCCCCGAGUGCCAGCUGUUCCCAGGCGAGGUGGAGGAGCCCGAGGAGGAGGAGGUCGCAGCCAAGGCCAAGGAGAGGGAAUCCGACAGAGACAGCGCUGUAGAAAGCACCCAAGGGUCUGACACCUCAGACGGGCCAAUCAGGCCAGGGGACAGGGAAGACGCACUGGGGGAUCUCUUUUACCCAGGGGAGAAGUGUGGUCAGACAAGCAUCUCGGUGACCUCUGACCUAUCGACACGUUCCUCAGCUUCUCUGAACGAGGAGCAGUUUGAGGACUACGGCGAGGGGGAGGAGCCCGACUACGCUCUCAGCAGCCCAUGUCCAGACGACGAGACUCGUACCAACGGAUACUCUGACCUGGGUUCAUCUGUUCCCUCUAGUGCUAGCCAGACUCCUCAUAAGGUGCGUCAGCAUUACACCAGUGAAAUGAUGGACGUCUAUUGCUCUCAGUGCAGCAAAAAGGUCAACCUACUAAAUGACCUGGAGGUCCGCCUCAAAAACCUCAAGGCUAACAGCCCCAGCAGGAAAAUCUCCAGCACUGCAUUUGGAAGGCAGCUGCUCCACAACAGCAACUUAAGCAGCAGUAACGGCAGCACAGAGGACCUGUUCCGAGACAGCAUUGACUCCUGUGACAUCGACAUCAAUGAAAAGGUGACUUCCCUGGAGAAGAAGGUGGCAGAGCUGGAGAAUGAGAUUCUGAUGAACAGUGAUCUCAAGUCCAGGCUGAAGCAGGACAACACACAACUAGUACACAGGGUUCAUGAGCUGGAGGAGCAGCUGAAAGACCAAGAGACACGAGCGGAACAAAAUCUGCUGGAGGGGCUAAGACGACAUCGAGAGGCCUACAGCAAAAUGGAGAGAGACAUGAGCACGCAGACAGAGCUACUGAGCAACCGAGUUAAGCAGCUGGAGGAGGAGAACAGCGAGAUGGCUCUGAACAUGUGCCGACUCAAGUCACAGACGGAGAAACUUGAUGAGGAAAAGCAAAGAAUGACAGACAAGUUGGAGGACACCAGUCUGCGCCUGAGGGAUGAGAUGGACCUUUAUAGGAAAAUCAUGGACAAACUGAAACAGAACAGACUCCAGUUCCAGAAAGAGAAGGAAGCUAUGCAGGAGCUGAUUGAGGACCUGCGCCGAGAGCUGGAGCAUUUGCAGCUUUUCAAACUGGAGGCUGAGAAGCCUGGCCGCAGCCGCACCUCCUCAACAAGCCUGGCGGACUUCAACUGCAGGACCAGGGAGGUGGAGCUAGAAUACGAGGUCAAGAGACUCAAGCAGCUAUUUGUGUCCCAGGACUUUCUUCCCUCUGAAUUCCAGCACCUGGUGUUGUCUGGGGCUUGGCUCCAUCCUGGCCUGAUGGAGAACCAGAAGCUGAGGGAGCAGAACGAUGAGCUGAACGGUCAGAUCCUCAGCCUCAGCCUAUUUGAAGCUAAGAACCUGUUUGCCACACAGACCAAGGCCCAGUCUUUGGCUGCGGAGAUAGAAAAUGCCUCCAGAGACCAGUUAAUGGACGCUCUGAAGGAGCAGGAGGAAAUCAACCGACGUCUUCGACAGUACAUGGACAAAAUCAUCCUGUCCAUCCUGGACCACAACCCCUCCAUCCUGGAGAUAAAAAACUAGCAAUGACUCAACUGGAAUGAGAAUCGUUCGCAAACCCGAGAGAAUGAGGAUCAUUCCAGUUGCAGGAUUAGGAUCUAUAACUCGAGUCGGGACUUCGUACAGGAAGCCAGAGAAGAGGCAGAGCCAGUUGGAAACCGGGACAUGUAAAUAGACACGCAUCGCCCCCUGCUGUUCGUAGCAGGGAAAGAACUUAUUUUUCAGCAAAGGCUGAGUGUGAUUCUACACAGAACUACAGAGGCAGUGGACGCUCGCUGACUUCAGAUUAUACUUCUGUGUCUCUUCAGCUGGAUCUAUCCUGCUCUUUUACUGUCCCUCUAUCCUCUGAACUGUAGUUCCUGUCAAAACACACAAUAGGUGAUUUCUUCCCGGCAAUAUCCUGCGUUCAACAAGCGUUUUAGGUUGGACGGAGUGGCUCAAUGUAGUACACUGGACGUACAAUACUUGGACAUAAAAACUGGAACAAACCUGAUGUGGGUUCUACUGUUUGCUGGUGUAAUGUUAGCUGUCUUAUUUAAUGACGGACAAGUUGCUACAGUGUAGUCCGAUACACUUUGGUCAUUGCAGUGAGACAGACAAACAAGUGGAAAAGCAAGACUGUAAACCUGAGAGAGACGGACAUGUGAAGGCUGGUCAGUCCACUGCUGCCCGCUCUGAGAACUGUUGUCUUCUCUCCGCUAACAUGUAGGUGUUUUCUGAAUACAUGUGACGUGCUUGGACAAGCAGGUGUUUAAAGGAAACUGAGGAAGGAGGCAGAUGUGGUGAGAGAGAAAGAAAUGAAGAAUGCCUUGAUUUUUACGUGGAAAACAAUGCAUUGGGUGUUUUCUCUAAGGAAGAUGGAGGUCAGAUGAUAAACCAUGGAUGCUAUAGCAAAGGAGGUUUUUUUGUGAAGUCAGUGAGAGUUCAUUGAAGGUGAAGGUUUAUGUUUGUUUAUUCUUGAGAACAUGUCUCCCAGGAACCUUGGAACAGCAUGUGCAGAGUCAAUCAGUCCAAUAGUGAACACUUUUCACAGAGAAGUGGCCCUUAGGUUGGUUCAGAUGAGUAGCAGAGCGUCACUUUAUGGAGCAGAAGCUGCGACCGAGGAGUGUCUUCAAAUUGUACUUCCAAUGGCUGCUAUUUGCAUAGCAUGAUCUUGAAAGGAUUCUCUGUUGCUAGCAAUAGACCCAAUGAUGUUGCACAGAAAUGUAAUGAUAUGAAUGUACGGGACGUAUGGUGGAUUUACAUUGGAGUGACUAGUAGCCACGGUAACAUUGUUUACUGAAUGAUCUCUCUAUGCUCAGUAAAAUCAACUCAGAGCCUGGAUGUGAGCGUCCGUCACUUUUUGGUACAAAAAACUGGAUGAGCAAUUUCAAUCUCAUUGAAGCCUACAGGACGCAGAUUGUAGUGAAAGCCCCCGAUGGCUCUCUGAUACUCUCUGUAAAUAUCAUGAAUGUACAACUUGAUAUUUCUCUUUCUGUGUGUCCAAAAUACUUUUUGAAUUUAAAUCUGUAAUUGGUAAAGACACGGUGUAACACGUAUGCAGUAUUCUGUACUGUAAGGGGAAGGUCAUUUUUUAAGGGGAAACAAUUACAAUCUGCUGUGUAAUGUAAACUUGAGUUUUGCUUCCUUGCACAAAAAAAACAUUUGUUUACUUUUGCAUGGUUCAACUUUUCUUCUGUCUGUGCCUUUUUAGGACAAUUUUUCAGGAUGAGGUUGCUCUUGAUUUACACAGGUACAUUCUAUGUCAGCGUCUGACAUAUUUUCUUGAAUUGUAAAUGUUGUAAUUAUACAGUGAUUAUUUGUAUCCAUGUGCCACUCACCAUUCUUUCAGAUUGACACAAUGAGAUUUUGUACAGUUUCAUGAUGAAAUUGCUUUGGUGUCCUAUUAGAAAGCAGUAUAGCACAAUGCUUUGUAUGGUACGCCAACCAGGUUUUGGAAAAUUUUGUCCAUGUAUUAUUAUAUUUUUAAUGCGGUGGGGGAUGUUUUGUUGCAUUUCUGUUUUUUUGUUAGUCGUGGUUAGUCCAUUGUUUUUCAAUUUUUCUUUCAAAUUGGCCUUUUAUAUGGAUGUAAAUUGUCUUCCUAACUUAAGGGUGUGAGCAUUAUGAGCAAUAUUAACUUAUUUUGCAGUACAGGACCUGCAGAUUUUUGUCUUGUUUUGCCUCACAAAUAUCGGCACUCAUGCCAACCUAGAUAAAAACAAAACAAAACAAUAAUACAUUGACUUCUUUUUUGAAUUUUUAGGGCUAUCCAAUGCAAUGUGGUCACUAAAAAUGGCAAUAAAAAUGGCUUUGGCAGUGUUGCAGUCUGAUGAAAUGUCAUCAUUUUAAACAGUUUUUUGUCCUUGAUGGCCAUUUAUAUAAUAAACUACAAUUUCCAAAAUAUCAAA